AUGGCGAAAACUAAUAAAACUUUUCGUCCUGGAUGUCUUCAAAUCUGCUGUGCUUCAACUGUGAUUUUCUUGAUCAUCGUUGCUGCUGUGGUUGCUGUCUUGUGGUUCACGGUCUUUAAGACUAAAAACCCAGAUAUUGUCCUUGAAAAUAUUCGGAUUAAAUUCCUUGGAGAACAAGGAAUAAUGGCUGUAGACAUGGUUGUUGCAAUAAAGAAUCCAAACUAUGGAAGCUUCAAAUACGAUAACACUACAUCUUUUCUUCACUAUCGUGGAAAUGUUAUAGCUGAAUUUCCAAUCCAGCAAAAGCUUGUCCCUGCUCGUGGUACGCUUAAUUUCAGUACUACUGGAAAUAUAAUGGUAGAAAAGUUAUUAACAGAUCCCAACUUUUGGAAUGAUUUAUUUUCUGGUUCCUUGAACUUCACCUCAAAAGCUACUUUUGAUGGAAAAAUUUGCGUGGUCAAGAUCAUCAAGUUUCAUGGCAUGGCUUUUAGCACAUGUGACAUCUUCUAUUUGCAUCCUUCUCGGAUAAUCAAGUCUAUGUGCACUACCAAAAUCAAGUUAUGA